AUGCCCAACGGCAAGGCCAAGAUGUGGGAGGAAGACCGCCACCAGCAGGGAGGAGGGAUGGAUGAGUUGCUCGCGGCAUUGGGCUACAAGGUUCGUGCUUCCGACAUGGCAGACGUCGCACAAAAGCUUGAGCAGUUGGAGAUGGUCAUGAGGAGUGCCCAGGAAGAUGGAAUUUCCCACCUUGCUUCCGACACCGUCGUAUCCAUCUGGACCUGUUCAUUGGUUCCCUGGAAGAAGCUCUUAGGUAACCAGAGGGAGUUAUCAGCAUUCAUGCCAUUUCUGACUUUCAGUUGGGGAUACCUGCAUUUUUCUUCAUUUGCUCCCUUUUUGUCUUUGCUGCCUUUUUUGUAUCUCCUCUCCUCUUUCAGGUUUCUAUAUUGCUUCCUUUCUUGGGUUCUUGUGCUUUCAUUAUUCACUAGCAACGCAUUUCAGGAUUUGGACGAUGUGAGAUCAAAAUCAAGAAUACUCCAAGAAUUUGAGAAGAAAGUAUAUGAACCUGUUGAGCAUGGUGAAUCCGGGGAAUCCUUUUUUGAUUCAAUCCCAUUUCAGAUUUUAAGUUGGAGACCGCGGGAGGUUUAUUUUCCAAACUUUACUAGUGUGGAAGCAUGUCAGCAAAUAAUUGAAAUGGCAAAAGCAAAACUUGAACCAUCAAAACUGGCUUUGCGGAAAGGAGAAACUGCUGAGAGCACAAAAGACACUAGAACAAGUUCAGGCACAUUUAUCAGUGCAUCAGGAGACAAAUCUGGCAUUUUAGACAUGUUAGAGAGGAAAAUUGCUAGAGUUACAAUGAUUCCAAGGAGCCAUGGGGAAAAAUUCAAUAUAUUGAAGUAUGAGGUUGGCCAGAAAUAUGAUUCUCAUUACGAUGCGUUCAACCCAGAUGAAUACGGCAUUGUUAAGAGCCAAAGGAUGGCUUCCUUUCUGUUAUACCUAUCAAAUGUUGAAGCAGGAGGAGAAACAAUGUUCCCUUAUGAGGGUGGUUUGCAUAUUGAUACGGAUUAUGAUUAUCGAAAAUGCAUUGGUUUGAAGGUUAAGCCACGACAGGGCGAUGGACUUUUAUUUUAUUCACUGUUACCAAACGGGAAAAUUGAUAAGACUUCUCUUCAUGGAAGUUGUCCAGUGAUUAAGGGAGAGAAAUGGGUGGCAACAAAGUGGAUUGAUGAUGAAGAGCAAUAGUACUACAGCAAAAAUGAUUUUAAACAACAAUGAAAUACUAUGAUCUAAAGAGUA